AUGCCGGAGACUAAAGGCAUAUCUGCUAAAACCUACAUGAGGUGCUGUAAUUUUGCUUUCAAGUCUCAUAUACGUAUCAAUACCAUGAGUAUUUGUUUUGAUAACCCGUACAAAAAUUAUGUAUGUAUCUACUGGGAGGGUGUAGAUAGUCCAACUUGCUUACAAUCCUUUCACAAUGACAUACUCAUUGUAACUUUGAAACAUAUCUUUGGAACUCUUAGUAUGAAAGGCAGUAUCUACGUUUAUUUGGUUAACGGAAGCCCUAGAAUUUCCAAACCUUUGAUAAAUUCAAUCAUUCUUCUAAUUUCCACAAACAAUGUUAGCUUUCCCAGUUCCACCUUUUCUUUCCAAAAUAAUAUAGGAUAUAUGUUAAAGACUAUGAAAGGAUAUAAACAUGUAUUUGCUGCACAUAUUUUUGGUCGAGAAUAUAGUCCAUUGGAUGCUGCAUAUUUACUGAUAAGAUUUGCAGAACAUCUCGUUAUGAUUCCUUGGAUGAGCACACAUUAA